UUGAGGCAAGGGCGUUGGAGAGGGGUCGGGCACGACAGAGUACUACGCUCAUGGCCCCGUACAUGUUUUGUGAACGUGGUUUGAAGAAGAAAAAGUGAAAGCCAGGCGCCACACUGGUUUUACUCCAGGGACCGGAGUAAGUUAUCCCGCAGUGCUCCCUCGGAGGCCAAUGGGAGCGCAGGCCAGCUGCGCGCUCCGGCCCAGCCGAGCAUCCUGGGGGGCGUGGUCCCGCGCCGUGGCGGAUUCUGGGUAAUGUAGUCCCGCCGCGUGGCUGGAGUCGGUCCCCAGCUGGUGACUGCAUUGACCCCUUGUUCUUCGGUGGCGCUGGCACACAUGGCAUUCAGGGAUGUGGCUGUGGAUUUCACCCAGGAAGAGUGGCUGCUGCUGAGCCCUGCUCAGAGGUCGCUGUACAGGGAGGUGAUGCUGGAAAACUACAGCAACCUGGUUUCACUGGGAAUCCCAUUUUCUAAACCAAAGCUCAUCACCCAGCUGGAGCAAGGAAAGGAAACCUGGAGAGAGGAGAGAAAAUGCCCACCAGCCACUUGUCCAGGAGAGCCAGCGCCAGAGCUCCACCUGUGUGCUCCCUGCCCUCCGGGCUUCUCCGGUCAGAAGUUCCACGUGCGGCACAUGCUGUGUAGUCACCCCCCGUGGAUCUUCCCACGCUUGUGCGCAGAAAAUCACGUCCAGCCAGGGGAUCUGUGCCAGGGGGACCAGAGAAAGCAGCAACAAGCCUCUGAUCCAAGUUGCUGGAGUGAUAAAGCAGAAGGUCAAGGGACAGAAGGCACCAAGCCUUCAUUUGGAAAGACAAAGAAAAGAGCUUUAACAGCAUUAUCCAAGCCACCCCAAAGGCAGCCAGUCAGCUCUAGGAAUGGCAUCAGAGGGGUGGAGACAGAGGCCACCCCGGCCCAGACGGAGAAUCCGGAGGAAACAGACAAAUUACUGCGGAGGAUAGAAGUCUUGGGAUUUGGAACAGUCAAUUGUGGAGAAUGUGGACUGGGCUUCAGCAAGAUGACAAACCUGCUCAGUCACCAGAGGAUACACUCAGGGGAGAAGCCAUAUGUGUGCGGGGUGUGUGAGAAGGGCUUUAGUCUAAAGAAGAGCCUUGCCAGGCACCAGAAGGCACACUCGGGGGAGAAACCUAUCGUGUGCAGAGAGUGUGGACGAGGAUUUAACCGGAAGUCAACACUCAUCAUACACGAGAGGACACACUCAGGUGAAAAGCCUUUUAUGUGCGGUGAAUGCGGGCGAGGCUUCAGUCAGAAGUCAAACCUCAUCAUACACCAGAGGACACACUCGGGGGAGAAGCCCUACGUGUGCCGGGAGUGCGGGAAAGGCUUCAGCCAGAAGUCAGCGGUCGUUAGACACCAGAGGACGCACUUGGAGGAGAAGACCAUCGUGUGCGGUGAUUGCGGACUAGGCUUCAGCGACAGGUCAAACCUCAUCUCACACCAGAGGACGCACUCGGGGGAGAAGCCUUACGCCUGCAAGGAAUGCGGGCGAUGCUUCAGGCAGAGGACGACCCUUGUCAACCACCAGAGGACACACUCAAAGGAAAAGCCUUAUGUGUGCGGCAUGUGUGGGCACAGCUUUAGCCAGAAUUCAACCCUCAUCUCCCACAGGCGGACGCACACCGGGGAGAAGCCUUACGUAUGUGGGGUGUGUGGGCGAGGCUUUAGCCUGAAGUCACACCUCAAUCGACACCAGAACAUACACUCAGGGGAUAAGCCCAUCGUGUGCAAGGACUGCGGGCGGGGCUUCAGCCAGCAAUCCAAUCUCAUCAGACACCAGAGGACACACUCCGGGGAAAAGCCCAUGGUGUGCGAGGAGUGCGGGCGAGGCUUCAGCCAGAAGUCAAACCUCAUUGCACACCAGAGGACACACUCAGGGGAAAAGCCAUACGUGUGCAGAGAGUGCGGGCGAGGCUUUAGUCACCAGGCAGGUCUCAUCAGGCACAAGAGGAAACACUCGAGGGAGAAGCCCUACAUGUGCAAGCAGUGUAGCCUAGGCUUUGGCAACAAGUCAGCUUUAAUCGCCCAUAAGUGGGUCCAUUCAAAAGAGAAGCCCUGUGUAUGCAGAGUGUGCGGCCAAGGCUUUAUCCAAAAGUCAUACCUCGUCUUACAUCAGAUGACACACCAGGAGGAGAAGCCUUAGGUGUGCGAGAUGUGGGCGAGGCUCACCUCAGCAGACACAGGAGAAUGAAGUCUCUCCACCACAAACUGCCACUCCAGAUUGACAGACCUAUUGAGCAAUCUUCUGACCUGUUACACGCUCUUUAAAAAUGAAAAUGCUGGUGAGAACUAAAUCGAAAUUUUUACACUUUGAUGAAAGGAGGUAGAAAAAUUCAUUCCAUAAGUGGUCAAAGGACAUUUGGUUCAUUUACUUUCUUCACACAAAGUCUUCAUGUUUUGUGGCCUUUAAUAAACUUUGCUUCUUUACAACUCUCU